AUCUGGCAACCCACCCUGGGACGCCAUUGGUUCUUCAGUAGCGCGCUGUGGCAUGUUUGCAUGAUUUCUUUUGCUGAGAGCCGAAACGUAACAUUAUACUUCCAAGUUUGUUCAACUAUUAUUACUUUUAGUUAAUUUUCCAGGGACGUGUGCGAGGACUAAACCGUCAAGAUGCCGCGAAUUAUGAUUAAAGGUGGCGUUUGGCGCAACACUGAGGAUGAGAUCCUUAAAGCAGCUGUAAUGAAAUAUGGCAAAAAUCAGUGGUCACGUAUCGCCUCUCUGCUGCACAGAAAGUCGGCUAAACAGUGUAAAGCUAGAUGGUAUGAAUGGCUGGAUCCCAGCAUUAAGAAAACAGAAUGGUCACGUGAAGAAGAGGAGAAGCUCCUUCAUUUGGCCAAGCUGAUGCCCACCCAGUGGAGAACGAUAGCUCCCAUCAUCGGCAGAACCGCAGCACAGUGCCUGGAGCACUAUGAGUAUCUUCUAGACAAAGCUGCCCAAAGAGACAACGAAGAAGACACGACCGAUGAUCCUCGCAAGCUCAAGCCAGGGGAGAUCGACCCAAACCCUGAAACCAAGCCGGCCAGGCCAGACCCUGUGGACAUGGAUGAAGAUGAGUUGGAGAUGUUGUCUGAGGCCAGGGCUCGUUUAGCAAACACACAAGGAAAAAAGGCCAAGCGGAAAGCCAGGGAGAAGCAGCUAGAGGAGGCGAGGCGCUUGGCAGCCCUGCAGAAGCGCAGAGAGUUGCGUGCUGCCGGCAUAGAUAUUCAGAAGAAGCGGAAGAAAAAGCGGGGUGUUGACUACAAUGCUGAGAUUCCCUUUGAAAAAAAGCCUGCUCCGGGAUUUUACGAUACAUCUAUGGAGCAGUACGAUCCACUCGAGCCUGACUUCAAAAGACUUCGCCAGCAGCAUCUUGACGGAGAGCUGAGAAAUGAGAAAGAAGAGCGUGAGCGUAAAAAGGAUAAACAGAAGAUCAAGAAGAAGAAGGAGUCCGACCUUCCCUCUGCCAUUUUGCAGACUAGUGGGGUGUCAGAGUUCACGAAAAAAAGGAGCAAGCUAGUGCUGCCUGCACCACAGAUAUCUGAUGCUGAACUGGAGGAGGUGGUGAAACUUGGCCAAGCCAGCGAAAUCGCUCGUCAAACCGCUGAAGAGUCUGGAAUCACAAACUCUGCUUCCAGCGCUCUGCUUUCUGAGUACAACGUCACCAAUAGCAGCAUGGCCCUGCGCACACCCCAGACUCCCGCAGCACAGGACAAGAUUCUACAGGAAGCCCAGAAUCUGAUGGCGCUUACUAAUGUGGACACCCCUCUGAAGGGUGGUCUAAAUACUCCUUUGCAUGAGAGUGAUUUCUCCGGGGUCACCCCACAGAGGCAGGUGGUCCAGACCCCCAACACUAUGCUCUCUACACCUUUCAGAACUCCUAGUCAUGGUGCCGAGGGUUUGACCCCUCACAGUGGCAUGACCCCAAAGCCUUCAAUAGGAGUGACCCCAGGUCGGACGCCCCUGCGGGACAAACUCAACAUCAAUGCUGAGGAUGGUGUGGUGGAUUACGCAGAUCCAGCUUAUGCCAAACACUUGCAACGGGAGUCUCGCGAGCACCUGAAGUUGGGGCUAAUGUCUCUUCCACUGCCCAAGAAUGACUUUGAGAUCGUGCUGCCUGAGAACGCUGAGAGGGAGAUGGAAGAGCCAGAGGUGGACGAGAGCUAUGUGGAGGACGCAGCUGAUAUUGAGCUCUGUAAACAGGCAGUCAGAGAAGCUGAGCGAGAGAAAGAACUGAGGCAGAGACAUACACCAGUGCAGAGGAAUUUACCCAGGCCCUCAGAGGUAAAUGAGACUAUUCUGAGGCCUCAGAAUGUGGAGCCUCCUCUCACAGAGCUGCAGCUGGCAGAGGAGCUCAUAAAGAAAGAGAUGAUCACCAUGAUCCACUAUGAUAGUCUGCACCAUCCAUACACAGAAGUUCUGGCUAAGAAAGCUAAAGGAGCAGGCUCAGGUUCUACCAGCACUGAGCAUGUUGCCUACCUGGAGAAAUCGCCCUACGAAAAAGUGGCAGAGGAGGACCUCAAAAAGGCUAAAGAGUUACUGCGGCAAGAGAUGGAGGUGGUGAAGCAUGGGAUGGGUCAUGGUGAUCUUUCCAUUGACGCCUAUAACCAAGUUUGGGAGGAGUGUUACAGCCAGGUGCUGUACCUACCUGGACAGAGCCGAUACACCAGAGCCAAUCUGGCCAGCAAAAAAGACAGGAUUGAGUCUCUGGAAAAGAAACUGGAGGUCAACAGAGGGCACAUGACAACAGAGGCUAAACGGGCAGCUAAGAUGGAGAAGAAGAUGAAGAUUCUUUUGGGGGGAUACCAGUCUCGGGCCAUGGGUCUGAUGAAGCAGCUCAGUGACCUGUGGGACCAGGUGGAGCAGGCCCACAUGGAGUUGCACACCUUCCAGGAGCUGAAGAAGCAGGAGGACAUGGCCAUUCCACGCAGAAAGGAGGCUUUAAGAGAAGAUGUGCAGAGGCAACAGGACCGAGAGAAGGAGCUCCAGCAGAGGUUUGCUGAUCUACUCCUUGAGAAGGAAACUUUGCUUUCUUCAGAGAAGUUCUGAAUGUGAUCUGGGACUCAAAAACUCCACCUUGGCUGUGUCUACACUGUAAUCUAUAAAACAAAAAUACAGUUAAAGCUUUGGAGUGGU